AUGAGUACAGUGGAUAAACUUGAUCAUAAGUUUUAUACGGGUAUAUUAAAUAACAGGACAUUAAAAAUACCAUUUCAAAAUGCUAAACAAGCACAUAUUGCUAAACAAGUUUUAGAACCAGAUCCAGUAUUGAACCCUAACGAUUUUCAUAUGGAUUAUAUUAUUGGUACUCCUUCUUCUACACUCGUUAUUAUUUUUCACAGUGUGGAUGAUCGGCUAUUAAGAGUGGGUGUUAAUAAUUGUAUCGAAUCCAUCAAAACAAUUAUAGAAACAUUUGAUGAAUUAUGA